AUGCAGGAGCAUUUUGCCAUUAAUGUGUGCCCCGGGCCCAUUCUCCCCAUCCCACAAAUUUCAGACUUUUUCCCACGUUUCCACGACUACCCCUGCACGCCACCGCCCCCUAGGGAGAAGAAGAUCUUGAAGGAGGAGACUUUCAAUGGGGAAACGGGCGGAGGAUACAAGGAUGGGGAGAGAAGAGGGGAGAACGAUGGAGACGGGGAGGAAGUGCUUGACUCUGAUGAUGAAGACACCUACCUGGGAACGCUGGAGUUCACCCUGCUCUUUGAUCAAGAGAACAACUGUCUUCAUUGCACCAUUCACAAGGCAAAGGGUCUGAAAGCCAUGGACUCCAAUGGGCUGGCCGAUCCGUACGUCAAGCUUCAUCUUCUUCCCGGGGCUAGCAAGGCAAACAAGCUACGUACAAAAACCCUGAAGAACACUCUGAAUCCGGUGUGGAAUGAAACGCUGAUCUACCACGGCAUCACGGGAGCCGACAUGACCACCAAAACGCUCAGGCUGUGUGUAUGUGACAUGGACAGACUUGGAAGAAAUGAAUUCAUCGGGGAGGUGAGAGUGGCUCUGAAGAAGCUGAGAGAGGGUGAGACCAAACGUUACAACAUGGGCCUGGAGAGAAUCGCUCAGAAUAAAGAAGCCAACAAUCAAAUGGUGGAGCAGGGAGCGCUGGUGGCGGAGGAGGAGCGUGGACGGAUCCUGGUGUCACUGUGCUAUAACACAGAGAAGGGCUGCCUGCUGGUCGGGAUCAUACGCUGUGCCCAUCUGGCAGCUAUGGACUCCAACGGCUACUCUGACCCCUUUGUCAAAAUCAUCUUACAGCCAGAUAUGGGGAAAAAGUCAAAGUACAAGACCACAGUGAAGAAAAAGACUCUCAAUCCCGAAUUCAAUGAGGAGUUUUCAUAUGAAGUAUCCUUGGACCAGCUGGCAAAGAAAACCCUGGAGAUCUCUGUGUGGGACUAUGACUUGGGAAUGAGCAACGACUUCAUAGGCGGAGUGGAGCUGGGCAUCAAUGCAAAUGGACAGAGACUCAAGCACUGGUUUGAGUGUCUCAAAAACAAAGGCAAGAAAGUCGAGUUCUGGCAUACGCUCACGCAACAAGGAGCUCCGAGCAGCGACAAGCCAGACUAGAUCAUGCAAGACACCCGGGCAGACACACUCAUGCGCACACACACUUUUGACACA